GGAAAUGACGUAGUACUUGAUUGCCGCAGCUAACAUCGCCAAAAUAAGCUCAUCACGUCUGUUGAUGAUAUUCAACUGGUGUUAGAGCUGGUGUACCGGACCGAUACUCAUCAAUACUUAACCGGGCAGCCGAAUAGCGAUCUGCGAAUGCCCACAAUGUCUAGAUGGCCCGAUGGGUCUGCUCCUCAUCCAAGUCUAGGACUAAAUACAAAAGACCAAAGAGCCUGCCGUAUGACCGGCUAGCCUCUGGUAUUAGGAUAUUUUAUAUCUAAUCUCAAAAACCCACAUCCUCCAAGGUGUGUGAACAGUGAAAGAGACAGGACAAUUUGAGUCAUGGAACCUGGUAGCUCAGAAACCCCCCGUGAGCUUGACGACCUCUCACCACUAUCUGUUGUGGACUUCGGCACGGAGAAGGCGAGUCCGGUGAGCCGAUCCAGCACACCACAGGAGCGUCCCAAAGUCCGCUUCAACAGUAAAGUUGAUUUACCUGCCUUGGCCGCAGAAACUGCCGCCGAGCCUUCAGGAGAGCAACGUCGGCCAGCCUCAUCGAAACCGCAGGUUUUACGGCCAGCACUGUCAAGGAAUCCAAGCUCUUACAACUCUGCUGCUAGCGAUAUUGGCGACGAGCCUCUCAGCCCGCAAAAACGAGCAUCUGCAGCGGCCGCUGCAGAACGUGCUCGCGCUGUUGCUCUCGAUACGUGGCAUCACUCCAACAGCCCUAACAGCCGAAGAUGGUCUAUCGAGUCAGACGCAGUGACAGACGCUAGUUAUUCCGAAGUACCCAUCGCGAAUUCAUAUGCUUCUCCUCAGGCACAUGAUCAUGCGUCUUCGAAUGACCAAAAUGCUAAACCAGAAGUGGAGGCUGAAGGUCUCCUUAAAGCUCAUACUCGAAAUCUAGGAAACGUAUGGCAGAAUAUCUCAGCAGGUAAUUCAUCUCAACCGGAACUAGACACGGGUAUCAUAGAUGGAGCCCAUGUAUCGUCAGGAAAUGGAAGAGGUGGCGUUUUUUACCAACUCCUUCAGGCCUAUCGAAAUCCGAUCUCUGAUAACCCCCCGGUCCAGCACCACCGGUCAUACACGGGUGAAGCUUCAGGCUCCUCGGGCGCAACAACCCCGACACGAAGGAAAUGGUAUGAGCAUGAGAAAGCAAAUAGAUCUCAAGAGACUAUUGCUAGGUUAGCCGGCGCAUCUAUGAAGUUGGCGAAUCCCAGCGGAACAACAUCAGCCGCAUCCAGCCCCCCAUCCGGAGUCCGAAAGCGACCUCCUCACAAGAGAACCACCAGCGGAAGAAUAAUGUCGAUGAUGGGCUUGAAUCGCGAGGAGGAAGUAAAGAUCACGAUACAUGUCGCCGACAUCCUCAAGCGUCAGAAAUACAUUGUGAAAAUGUGCCGCGCCCUUAUGCUCUUCGGCGCACCCACCCAUCGGCUGGAAGAAUAUCUCGCCAUGUCGGCGCGAGUGUUGGAGAUUGAUAGCCAGUUUCUCUACAUCCCCAAUUGCAUGAUCAUCUCGUUUGAUGACGUCUUCACACACACAACCGAGGUGAAGAUUGUCCGCACAGCCCAGAGCGUUAACCUCAGCAAGCUCAAGGAUGUUCAUGCCAUCUAUAAAGAAGUGCUGCACGACAUCAUAAGCCUCGAUGAUGCCCUUUCGAGGCUGGAUCAGGUAAUUUCUGCAAAGCCCCUCUAUCCGGUGUGGGUUUGCGUUCUCAUGUACGGGUUCGCGAGUGCCGCCGUUUCGUGCUUCUUCAGUGCUCGCCUCCUUGACUUACCAAUUAUCUUUGCCCUGGGUAUUCUUUUAGGCUUUCUGCAACUUGUCGUUGCCCCGAGGUCGAACACAUACAACACCGUCUUCGAAGUCAGUGCGACGAUCUUACUGAGUUUCCUUGCACGUGCCUUUGGCAGCAUCCGUAACGGGGAACUCUUCUGUUUCUCUGCCAUUACGCAGGGCUCUAUUGCUAUGAUUCUCCCAGGGUGGCUUGUAUUGUCAUCCGCGUUAGAAUUACAUUCUAAGGCGAUGGUCCCAGGCGCGAUCCGACUCGUGUAUUCCAUCAUUUACUCCCUGUUUCUAAUCUAUGGAAUUACCGUCGGUACUGCUCUAUACGGUGCCAUCGAUUCAAAUGCCGUGAUGGAGACAACAUGCCAUAAGCCUCUGGACCCCUAUUGGAAUUUCCUGUUUGUGCCCCUCUACGUUAUUUUCGUCACGUUUACCGUCCAAGCCAGAUGGACCCAAAUGCCAGCCAUGGUUGUUAUAGGCCUUGCUGGCUACACGGUCAAUUUCUUCACUAGCAAGAAAUUUGCCGCCAGUCCUUCUAUUGCCUACACAUUCGGAGCGUUCGCCAUCGGCGUAUUAGCAAACCUGUACAGCCGGAUAAGACACGGAGUAGCGGCAGCUGUCCUACUCCCCGCUGUCUAUCUUCAAGUCCCAGGUAGUCUCGCCUCAACCGGCGCCAUCACUAGCGGGCUGGUAAUCGCCGCCAACCUGACAAAUUCAGAUAAGAAAUCUUCUGAUGCUGAUAACACGGCGCUUAACGCCGCUGUCUUUAACGUGGCUGCGAGUAUGAUUCAAAUUGCGAUUGGCAUCACCGUCGGUCUGCUCAUGUCUGCCUUGAUUGUAUACCCCACAGGGAAAAAGCGAAGUGGCUUAUGGACUUUGUAAAAACUACAUCGCAGGAACACUUGAUUUUGCAAGCAAUAUAUAGCUAGCGCUAUUCGGUAUAACUAUAAGAUAUUAAUAAAACUGCAUGAUUAGGAG